AUGAGCCACAAGUACCAGGGGGAGGAGCCGGAGGAGGAGCCGGGCGAGGAGCACAAGGCGCCUCCGAGGAGCCGGCAGCCCAACGGCACGCCGCGCGGGGAGCCGGCGCCGCCGCGGCGCUCCUGGAGGCCGUGCCAGAUGCUCCACCAGGACGGCGAGCCCAACCCCCUCCAUCACCACCACCCGCACGAGCAUCACAACCCACACCACCACCACCCGGCAGCGGGUCGCGGAACUGCUCGCCACCGCCGGCGCCCUGGGGAGGGGCCGGCUCAGAGUCCUGAUCAGGUGUCAGAGGUCACGUCUUCCAGGCCGGACGCCGGAGAGAGUCGGGGGGGCGAUCCACUUCCUGCGCCGCCGCUGCGCCCGGCCGUCGCUCGCUAUCGUCGUAUGGGCGACCCCAACCCCCGGCUCAGAGGUCAGACACCGAGGCAGCCAAUCAGAGAGCAGCAGGACUCGUCACAUGGGGAGGGCGAGAGGGAGGGGCCAGCGGAGGUGCAGCAGCGCUCUGCAGACGAGGCCGUAACCGACCAAUCACAGGACAGAGCAUCUCCUCACCUCGCUCCUGUUGCUGUGGUAACGCCCGCCCACCUCUCACCUGCGCCCGCCGCCAGCAACGAGCAACCUCACCCCCCCCACGCUCCUCACGCCGCGGCGGAGGAGGACCAGAGAGCGGCGUGCGAGGAGGAAGUGGAGGAAGUGAAGGAGAAGGAACAGGAAGAGGCGGAGGAGGAUGGAGACUGCUGCCCGGCAACAGGAACCUCCGUCUCCGGGCAGGCGGUGGUCGGGGGGGCGGAGGAGAGCGUGGCGGCGAGGGUGGAGGAGGACCAGGAGGAGGCGGCGGAGGACGCGGCCGCUCAGGGAAGUGAGAUCACGGAUCUGUGCUCGGACACGGAGAGCGCGGCGUCGCUCAGCAUGGACGGCCCCCUCCACAGCCCGCCGCCGCUCCAGUCCCCGACCCCCCCCUCCUCCCCCGACCUCCCUCCUUUCCCCCAGAUGGACCACUUCAGCGAGGACGCCAGCAUGAGCCCGGUGCCCGACCACGACCACGACCACGACCUUCUCCCGGAGGACGAGGACGAGGACUGCUCCGAGUCCUGCUCGCUGUCCCGCUCCACUUCCUGUUCCGAGUCGUACCCGAAGACCUACGCCGAGUUCUACUCCGAGUCGCAUCAGAAGUCGUACCCGGAGCCCGAGUCCUACGCCGAGCAGAACUCUCAUCCCAACUCGUUCCCCGAGCCGCUCAUGACCUCCUACCCGGAGUUACCCAGGGAGCCGUGCAGGGCGUCCAACCGGAGGGGCGGGCGCCACGAGGCGAGGGAGGAGUCGAGCCGGGAGGCGUUCACCAGCCACCGGGAGGAGAGGGUCUCCCCGACCUCUCCCACCAGGGGGUCCCAUCACGUCCCCAGGCAGGUCAGGGACCGCCGAGCCCACCACCCCCCCCUGGACCGCUCCGUGGGCUGCCGGCUGCAUCACUACGACGGCCAGUCGGACGGCGAGGGCGACAGCGGACGCCAGAGCCCGAUUCCCAAACCCCACCGGCGUGCAGCGAGACAAACGGAAGCCCGGGAGAACAAGAGCCCGUCGUCCGGGCACAGCAGCUCCGCCGAGGCCCUGGAGCCGCUGGGCGUGGGGGGGGCGGGCCCUGGGGACGCCAUCAGCCUGGCCAUCAAAGACAUCAAAGAGGCGAUCGAGGAGGUGAAGACGAAGACCGUACGCUCGCCAUACACCCCCGACCAGCCGGUGGAGCCCAUCUGGGUGAUGAGACAGGAAGUGAGCCCCACGGAGGAAGUGUACUCGCUGCAGAACGCCACCGGACGCUCUCCCUCUCAGUCCGAGCCGGAGUCUCCUUCCUGCUACGCCUCCGGUCCAAUGAGAGAGCAGCUCAGUCCUCGGAGGCCGGAGUCGUCCAGGUCCCUGCCCCCCCCCCAACACUACCACCAACAACACAACCCCCCCCACCACCUCCAGCAGAGGGACGCCACCGCCAGGCCGCCGCCGCAGACCUACACUCAGGCGCCACCACACGCACUCACGGCGCCGGGUCAACAGCGGCAGCUUCAGACGCUUCCCCCCCCACAGCCGAGGCCACAGGCGGAGCCACAGUCGCCUCUGCAGCAGCCGUCGGCCGAGGAGAUUCGCAGAUCUCUUCCCUCUUUUCCCACAUUCGUGGACGUCCUGGGACCAUGUGACCCCGAAGACCUUAUUGACGGCAUCAUCUUCGCCGCCACUUACCUGGGCUGCACCCACCUGCUGUCGGAGAGGACGCCGACAAAGAGCGCCCGCAUGCAGCAGGCGCAGGAGGCCAUGAGCCGAGUGAGGGCGGCUCAGAAACAGGCGAAGAACAGGAAGAAGAGUCCCGACGCCGAGGCUCCGUCCACCGCCGAGGUCGACCUCUUCAUGUCCACGCAGAGGAUCAAGGUCCUCAAUGCCGACACUCAGGAGUCUCUGAUGGAUCUGCCUCUGAGGACCAUCUCCUACAUCGCCGACAUCGGGAACAUGGUGGUGCUGAUGGCCCGGGGGAAGAUGGUUCGAUCCCGCAGCGCUCAGGACAACCUGGACCACGCCGCCGAGCAGACCACCAUGAGCCCGGACGACCGGCGCCUCUACAGGAUGAUCUGUCACGUGUUCGAGUCCGAGGACGCCCAGUUGAUCGCCCAGUCCAUCGGCCAGUCGUUCAGCGUGGCGUACCAGGAGUUCCUCCGCGCCAACGGCAUCGACCCCGAGGACCUGAGCCAGCGGGAGUACAGCGACCUGCUCAACACCCAGGACAUGUACAACGAUGACCUCAUCCACUUCUCCAAGUCGGAGAACUGCAGAGACGUUUACAUUGAGAAGCAGAAAGGAGAGAUCCUGGGCGUGGUGAUCGUGGAGUCGGGCUGGGGCUCCAUCCUCCCGACCGUCAUCAUCGCCAGCAUGAUGCACGCCGGGCCGGCCGAGAAGUCCGGGCGCCUGAACAUCGGAGACCAGAUCAUGACCAUCAACGGGACCAGUCUGGUGGGUUUACCGCUGAGCACCUGCCAGAGCAUCAUCAAGGGUCUGAAGUCUCAGUCCAGGAUCAAGAUGAACAUCGUCCGGUGCCCCCCCGUCACCAUGGUGCUGAUCCGCAGGCCCGACCUCCGAUACCAGCUCGGCUUCAGCGUCCAGAACGGCAUCAUCUGCAGCCUGAUGAGAGGAGGCAUCGCCGAGAGAGGCGGCGUCCGCGUCGGUCACCGCAUCAUCGAGAUCAACAGCCAGAGCGUCGUGGCCACGCCUCACGAGAAGAUCGUCCAGAUCCUGUCCAACGCCAUGGGCGAGAUCCACAUGAAGACGAUGCCGGCGGCGAUGUACCGUCUGCUGACCGCACAGGAGCAGCCCGUCUACAUCUGA